GCUAAAAAUGAAAUGGUUUCUGAGCAAGCAAGAGAGAGGUUUUAGAUGGUUUGAAAACCCGGUUCAUCAUGUUAAUUUCCGGUUUGACAGCUAUGUUUUGGCUACUGUAAUGCACAAUAGCUACUGUUUUAAGCAACUUGCCCUUAAAGAUGAAAAAGAGUCUUUUUCUUGAUUCCUAAUUUUUUGAACACCCUUUUAUUUUGUCUAUAGAAGUUUCUGCUUUUUUGUUAUUUCUAUUACAGACAACAAUUCUUUUGAAUCAUAUUCUUUCCCCUGCUUAUCUUUAUUCUCUUUUACUACAUGAUUCUGUUCAGUCUGUGAAGUCGGCAUCUACUGGUCUGCUUGGUUUCUGGAAAUGGGAAAGUUGUGUUUUUUUCUUGUUUCUGUUCUGUUCUUGGUUUCUUUGCUUAAUGGAGAAACAGUCACUGCCGCUUCAAGAAAAAAGGUAGCCACUGGUGCAAGAACCCGUGAUGGAUCAGAAGAAUGGGGAUAUGUGGAAGUUAGACCAAGAGCACACAUGUUUUGGUGGCUUUAUAGGAGUCCUUACAGAGUCGAAGAUUCAUCCAAACCAUGGCCAAUCAUUCUUUGGUUGCAGGGUGGACCUGGAGGAUCAGGUGUUGGGAUGGGAAAUUUUGAAGAAAUUGGGCCGCUGGAUACCUAUCUGAAGCCCCGGAAUUCGACAUGGUUACAAGUGGCUGAUCUGCUUUUUGUGGAUAAUCCAGUCGGCACAGGAUACAGUUUUGUGGAAGAGGGUGAUGCAGACUUGUUUGUCAAAACUGAUGACGAGGCAGCAAGUGAUCUAACUACUCUGUUGGAGAAAGUAUUUAAUCGGAAUGAGAGCCUUCAGAAGAGUCCUUUGUAUAUUGUAGCAGAGUCUUAUGGAGGCAAAUUUGCUGUCACUCUUGGUUUAUCAGCUCUGAAAGCAAUUGAAGCAGGAAAACUGAAACUUAUACUUGGAGGAGUAGCGUUGGGUGACACUUGGAUCUCACCAGAAGAUUUUGUGCUUUCGUGGGGUCCUCUUCUAAAAGAUUUAUCGAGGCUCGACAACAACGGACUUCAGAAGGCAAACAGCCUGGCUGAGAAGAUUAGGCAGCAAAUCCGCGAAGGUCAGUAUGCUGACGCAACAAAUUCUUGGUCUGAGCUUGAGGAAGUGAUUAGUGCUAACAGCAAUUCUGUGGAUUUCUAUAAUUUUUUAUUGGAUUCGGGAUCGGACCCUGUGUCUCUAACUACAGCUGCGGCUGAAUUAUCGCAAAAAAAUGCAAUGAGGAGCUACUCAAGAUAUAUAAUCUCUCAGAGGUCAUCACUUCCAGGAGGUGGUGUCGGUGAUCUUGAUAGCAUAAUGAAUGGGGUCAUUAAAAGAAAGCUUAAGAUAAUCCCAGCUAAUUUCUCAUGGGGAGAGCAGUCUUCUAACGUUUUCAACCAGCUGGAAGGCGAUUUUAUGAGACCGAGAAUUAAUGAGGUUGAUGAACUCCUAGCUAAGGGAGUGAAUGUGACUAUAUACAAUGGGCAACUUGAUCUCAUUUGUUCAACCAAGGGAACCGAAGCAUGGGUUGAAAAACUCAAGUGGGAAGGGCUGGAUAGUUUUUUGAGCAUGAACAGAACUCCUCUUCUUUGCGGUGCAGAACGACAGCUCACAAAAGGAUUUACCAGGUCGUACAAAAACCUGAAUUUCUUCUGGAUUCUUGGGGCAGGCCACUUCGUACCAGUAGACCAACCCUGCAUUGCAUUAAAAAUGGUGGGGCAAAUCACACAGUCACCAGCAGUAGAGGCAGCUGCUUCUGCAAAGAAAGACCAGAAGAGAAAACAUGAAAUGAGAAAGGUUUGGUGAGAGAGAUCGCACACAGUUUGAAGCAACUACAAGCAAAAACUAGUACGCAUGGAGAACUGCAAAAACAAAGAUAUUUAUAUGGAUAAAGUGGCUGCUAUUGCAGAGCUUGCUUCUGAUUGCUUCUUUCAUAAGAAAUAAUUUAAUUUUCUGGUUUCAAUUAUUUUUCCACUA